UUCGUCAGUCGUUUCGUAGUUUCUACAUUAAUAACAGCAGGCUUUUGCUUGCGUCCUCUCAUUGAGACCCUCAUCACGAUCUUUACUGGCUAUUUGGCCGUCCAUUCAUUCGUUGCGUCAACACCCCCUUAAUUCACCCACUAUGUCUCGUUCAACAUUCACUCGUGUGGUCACCGCUGCCGGGCUUCUUGCCUCCACUGUCUCCGCUGUAUUUGAUGUGGCAUCAACGCAAAAUGUUGCUGUGUACUGGGGUCAGGGUAACGACCAGAUCACUCUCCUUGAGGUUUGCACCGAUCCCAGCAUUGAUAUUGUCAAUAUUGGGUUUGUCAACGCUUUCCCUCAGAACACGACGGAUUAUCCAAAGACAAACCACGCGAACGCCUGCUGGGGCUACUACCCGAUGCCCGAUGGAAGUGGGAGGGAUAGUGGUCUCCUCAAAAACUGUGCCGGCGUUGGAGAUGCGAUCAAGACCUGCAAACAGAACGGCAAGAAAGUCUUGCUCUCCCUUGGUGGAGGGAGCCCCGCGGACUACUAUCUGCCUUCUGCAGAUGUCGCUCAAUACUUUGGCGAUUUUCUCUGGGGUGCCUACGGACCCCUGACCGAUGCGUGGAAGACUGCCGAUAAGCCUCGUCCGUUCGGAGACGCAGCUGUUGAUGGGUUUGACCUGGACAUUGAAUCUGAGAGGGCUGUUGCACCGGCCAGUCAACCCAACUACCGGUUCCAGUACUACGACGUGUUAGUUAACCGUCUGAAAGCAACAAACCCGAGCAUCCUCAUCUCGGCGGCCCCCCAGUGUGUGAUACCCGACGCUCGGCUCGCCUACGCUAUCCAGAACUCGCACAUCGAUCUUCUCUUCACACAGUUCUACAACACUGAUUCAUGCUCGGCCCGGUUGGGAUACACUCAAAUCAAACAGGAUACCACUGGCUUCUCGUUCGACGCCUGGGUCAACUGGCUGAACCAAAACUCUCAAAACAAGCAAAUCAAGCUCUACCUUGGAUUGGCGGCUGGUCCUGCCGGUCUGCCGUCGCACAAAGACCAUUACCUCAUGCCUGAAGAAGCGAACGCGCUGGUGACAAAGUAUCAGAAGAAAUGGCCCUCCAUGUUCGGGGGUAUGAUGCUGUGGGAGGCGACAGUCUCAAAGAGGAAUCUGAUAAACAACAAGCCAUAUGCUGACUGGUCGAAAGCCAUUGUCGAUGGUACUUUCGCUGAUAAGUACACGAGCCCUGUCUCGUCUUCGUCAGUGGUUGUUUCGUCCACCAAGAUCACUUCUUCCACGAUGAGCUCGGCAACUUCCUCCUCCAAGGUCAGCUCAUCGUCUAUCAAGAUCAGCUCAUCCACCAACGUCAUCUCGUCAACCUCAUCCAAGAUUGUUUCGGCAACACCUUCAUCCAAGGUCGUCUCAUCGACUUCCUCGUCCAAGGCCAUCUCGUCGAUUCCUUCCUCGUCCAAGGCCAUUUCAUCGACUCCUUCUUCGAAGCCCAUUUCGUCAACUUCCUCUUCCAAGAUCACUUCAGUAACACCUUCGUCCAAGGCCAUAUCAUCAAUUUCGUCGUCCAAGAUCGCCUCAUCAGCUUCUUCGUCCAAGGCUGUUUCGUCAACUCCUUCAUCCAAGACUAUCUCGUCAGCUUCUUCGUCUAAGAUCGCCUCGACAACGUCUUCAUCCAAGGUUGUUUCCGCAGCGUCUUCAUCUAAGAUUGUUUCCGCAAUGUCUUCGUCUAAGAUUGUCUCAGUAACGUCGUCUUCCAAGAUCAUCUCGACAUUCUCUUCGUCCAAGAUCAGCUUGACACCUGCGUCUUCCAAGGUCAGCCUGACAUCUUCAUCGUCCAAAAUCAGCUCAGCGUCCUCCUCCAAGAUUAGCUCGGCACCAUCUUCCUCUGCCAAACUCAGUUCGUCCAUACAGCUCAGUUCAUCCACGAAAUUCAGUUCAUCGGUGAAGCUCAGCUCGUCCACGAAACUCAACUCGCCCACCGCCAGCUCAUCCACUAGACCUGCCUCCAGCAGCAGCGCCUCAAUCGCCCACGUCAGUUCGCGCGACUACCCCAGCUACCCAAUCGACAGCUCCAGCAUAGUCUACCCUGUAGAUAUCAGCUCGACGGCCAAGUAUCCUGUGGACGACAUCUCGAGCACCGAGAGCGUUUCCACGUCUUGCACCACGUCGAGUUAUUCUACCCCAACUCCAGACUACCCAGUCUACACCGUCUCUUCUAUGGAGAAAUACCCUGCCUAUCCUGAUUCGACUGCUUCGGCUGGAGCGUCUUCUACUUCCAGCGAGGACUAUCCAGUGUCGAGCUCUAGCCCUGAGUAUCCAGGUUACUAUGCGUCGAGUUCUGCUUCUGCAUACCCGGUAUACCCAGUGUUGAGCUCCAGUGCUAAGUAUCCAGAUUACUCUGUGUCGAGCUCCGCUUCUGGUUACCCGGCUUACCCAGUCUCGAGCUCCGUUUCUGGAUAUCCCGUCUACCCUAAUUCAAGCUCCGUUGCUGAAUAUCCGGUCUAUUCUACGGCGAGCUCCACCCUCGGAUAUCCCGUCUACGCAGCUUCAAGUUCCACUCCGGGCUACCCCGUCUACGCAACUUCAAGCUCAGAUUCGGGCUACCCCGUCUACCCAGCGUCCAGCUCUAUUCCGGAGUACUCUGCUCGCCAAUCCAGCAGUAGCACCACGACCGUCAUCACCACAACCUACGUAGACGUCUGCUCCACAGGUCUCACCACCAAGACAGCCACCAUCACAAAGACCGUCUGCGGUUCCUGCACUGAACCCUCGACGACGACGGAAGUGCCACAGGACUGGACAACGAGCGUGUACGUGUCCAAGACGCUUACAAUUACGAUUACGAAGCCCAUUGCUGCACCGACCGGUGGACCAGCGAUGGAGACGGACGGAGUUCCCGUGUACCAGACUUCCAGCAUGGUUGAGGGGUAUACUGCGACGUCCGAGGUUCCUGCUUACCCUGGAUACCCAACGUCUGUUGGAGUGGUGGAAUACCCUGCAUCUUCGAAGGUCCCUGUUUACUCUGCAUCCGCUGGACACCCAUCGUCUGUCAAGAUCGCCGAAUACCCUGCAUCCUCCAAGGUCGCGGAGUACUCUGCGCCUUCCAACCCAUCCCUGGAAACAACCACUACUUCUCCCACCACGACCAGUUCUUCUACGCCUAACCACAUCCACAACCACAGCCACGGACACAACCACAAACACUACCACCACUCCCCCGCUCCCGCCCCUAACCCCACAACAAGCACACUCAUCCAAUACGUCACCCUCACGAAAGUACCCGUCCCAUCUACACCAAUCUACACCCCUCUAUCCCUCGCGCAAAAACACACAUCCGCACCCUAUGCGUCAGCAGGCAAUGCAACGAAUGUGUAUGCGCCUACGGGCAUGGGGUUCGCGACGGGUGUGGUGACGGUAUCGGCGACGGGAUAUCCGGUGAAGCCGUCUAGUUAUGUGCCUGCGGAGUUUACGGGUGCGGGGGUUGGGAGGGGGCGUGUGGGGGGUGUUUCGGGAGUGUUUGUGGGGAUGGUUGUUGGGGUGUUUGUUUUGUAGGGGGGAGUGACGUGUUUGUAUGUUUGUAUGUGUAAGAUGGGGAGUAGUUAUGUGUUGUAUAUAUCCUUUUGAUGUUUGUAUGGUAUGGUUUGCAGGUAUGCCUUUUCAACUGCAAUCUCGUCUUCUUUGUGCCAUGCUUGAUCCUCGUAUCCGGAACGGAAAGACAUGUUGUUUUCACAAGGAAGAUAGGAGAACA